AUGUUUAAUCAGGUCAAAUUAUCAAAGGAACAGUGGAAUUUACAGACAAUUUGGUGGAGAGAAAAUGAGUCGGAACCUUUAAAAGAAUACUGGCUGACGGUUGUAUCUUUUGGUUUGACUUCAUCAGCCUAUUUGGCCGUUCGUUGUGUAAUUCAAGCGGCCAGAGAAGCACAGGAAAUUUAUCCAGAAGCUGCAAAAGCUAUUGAAAAUGACUACUACAUGGAUGACUGCGUUACAGGAACGCAUAUGGAACAGAAAGCAAUAGAACUUGCAAAAAACAUGGAUCAAAUUUUAAAAGGAGCCGGCUUUGAGCUAAGAAAAUGGAAAUCGAACAAUAAAACAGUCUCUAAAGCCAUGGAUUCAGUUAUGGAAAAAUCAAUGAUAUUUUCCGAGGAGGAUAGUUCAACCAUUUUAGGUCUCAAAUGGUUGAUAGAAAAAGACCAAUUUACGUUUAUUGUGAAAUCACCAAAAAUUGAGGGAAAACUCACCAAACGGAAAAUUGCGAGCUGUGUAGCCCAGCUAUACGACCCGAAUGGCUAUAUUUCACCAGUAAUAAUGAUUGGUAGGAAAAUAGUACAAGACCUUUGGAAAGAGAAAUUUGAAUGGGAUCAAGAAGUGUCCAAGGACAUACAAAAAAGAUGGGAACAGUUUUGGACAGACAUAAUUCAACUGGAAAAGUUCAAAAUAAACAGAUGGAUUGGAACUUCGGAUGAUUGUGACAUACAAAUUCACGGAUUUGCUGAUGCAUCAGUUAUCGGCUACGGAACAAGUAUCUAUGUGCGUGUCGAACAUUUAAAUGGAAAGAUUACGAGCAGCUUAUUGAUAUCGAAAAUGCGUGUUGCUCCACUCAAAACAGUCACAAUUCCAAGGCUUGAGUUGACAGCAGCUGAAAUGCUAUCACGUUUAUACGAACAGGUAAAAACAUCAAUAGAAUGGAACAGAAUACCAUAUAGUUUAUGGUCGGAUUCGACUAUUACAUUGCAUUGGAUCAGGAAAGAGCCGCACAGUUUGAAAGUGUUUGCAGCAAAUCGUGUUGCUUCAAUACAAGAAAGAACAAAUAUUGAAUGCUGGCACCAUGUUGACUCAAGUGACAACCCAGCUGAUUUAGUGAGCAGAGGCUUAUUGCCAUCGGAUUUAGUCGAUAACAAGCUUUGGUUGCAUGGACCAGAAUGGCUUACAAAACCAAGAUCAAGUUGGCCAUCGGAACGUUUUAUCCAUAAAGAGCCACCUGGAGCAGAAAUGUUAGCCGAAGUAAAA